AUGGGAAAUUAUUUCCCAUCAAAUUCAUUCCGUGAACCAAACGAGGCCUUAGUGCUAAAGGAAAGACAGAGGACACUGGUUUAUGUUAUCCAACACGACACUUGUAUUUACAGAUGGAACUCUACUGUUAUGCUAAUUUGGAUUUUGGGCAGGUCAGCAGUUGUCCAAAGCAGGUUUUCUCAGAUGGUGCUCGCGUCUGUCCAUAUGGCUUUUGGUAGUGUACUUGGGCACUGGGAUCUGGGCCAGAGUAAUGUAAUAAGCUGCCAUCUCGGAAAGGCAUUAUCCAUAUUAUUCAGGUCAGUUAAAAAGCAUGUUUUCUGUCUAUAG